CGAUUACUACAUAUGGACAACAGUACAUACGAAAGAAAACUCGUCAAUGAUAGGUAUAAUGGAGUAGAUGACCAAUAUUCAAGAUGAUAGGAAAUGGCAGAUUUUACAAAACAUGAAAUUUAGGCUGAGAGAGAGCUUAAUUAGUGCACUGAAUAACUUUAUUUAAUUCUCUAUUUGUUUCAUGAGAAUUUCCUACAGCCACGAGGGAAAUUUCAAGUUGGAUCCUAAUUUUUGAAAGAUCUUUUUUAAGUAAUGUUCUUACCAGUCACGUGUAUUUCUUUUUCACCGUCAGGUAACCAUCGAGAGCUCUAACCUCCACAGUCCUGUGUUCGCCAGGGAUGUCAUCAGCAUAGAUGUACCGGAAGGGACUGUGGGAACGAUUACCUCACUGUCCGCCUCAGAUCAGGAUGUCCCUGCACAGACAAUCAGCUACCGGAUUGCAGACCAGGCGUACAACGGCAUUUUCAGCAUCAACCCCUCAACCGGUGAGAUCAGUGUGGUUAGUGGAAUUGACAGAGAGAACCUACCGACUGCCCUCGUGUCCGGCACCGCCUCUGUUGUUGUACUGGCUGUUGAUAAUGGAACACCUAAGUCAAACACUGGCACUGCCACUGUCAACAUAGCCAUCACCGACGUGAACGAUAACAAACCUCAGUUUGCUGAGAAUUACUUUGAGAUCCGCUUGUCAGAGGAUUUCAAACCAGGCCAGGUGAUUCAGCUGCCCGACGCCUCGGAUAAAGAUUUGGGAGAAAACGCCCGAAUAGUCUACACAGUCUCCUCGGAGGCCCUGACCAGAUUCAGCGCUGAUACCAACACGCUCACUACAACAACAACCUGUGAUAAAAAUUGCGUUAAAACUGUCGAUUGUGCUUUACUCCAGUUCACCUUGGAGGCGUACAACCCGGACAAACCACAAAACCGGUCCCAGUUACCCGUGUAUGUGUCCUUACUUAAGACGGGGUCUACACGACCAGCCACAGCCGACCCUAAACUUCUGCCAACCUGCUCUUCUGUUGGAUCACCCAACAACAACGACCCAAAGUUCUCCAAAGACAACUACGAUGGAACAGUGACCGAGGGAGUUCCCCCAAACACUGUCGUCAUUACCGUAAACACAACGGACGAGGAUUAUGGCGACAGUGGUAAGGUGACCUACACUAUCACCAACUCUACCCGAUUCGGCAUCGAUGACGACGGCCAAAUCUACACGACAGGAGACCUGGACUACGAGAAGCCUGAGGAUCGGCGCACCUGUAUGCAAGUGGUGGCCACAGAUGGAGGAACGCCGGCCCGAUCCGCCUCCACCGUCGUCUGUGUGGACGUGCUGAAUGAGAACGAUAACUCGCCGGUGUUUUCCACUGAUGUUUUCCCGGCCUCUGUGUCCGAUGGAGAUGCCCCGGGAGUGUUUGUCACCCAGAUUAAGGCCACAGAUCUGGAUGCCGAUUCUGCCAUCCGCUACGACUUUGUGACAACAAACAACUAUUUCCAGAUCGAUGCCAUCAGUGGAAAUGUGACGGUGUCGACGACGAUAAACAGGGCUGAUAUUCUGACAGCAAAUCCCAAUUCUCAAGUUGACAUCACUGUUAGGGCAAGCGAUGGUGACAAAAGUACAACAGCUUUUCUUCGUAUUACUAUAGUGGCCACGAACAGGUUUCCUCCGAAGUUUACCGAGACCGUGUACACCUCUGACGUGAACGAAGGGGUAUCCGGGGUACAAGUGAUCCAAGUAUCCGCCAGUGAUGAUGACAACCCACAAGAGGUCAUCACCUACAGUAUCCACAACUCCACAUUACCAAACAUCUUCACGAUCGACCCAUCCAGAGGGGAAGUCCGCUUAGUUCAGGCUCUGGAUCGGGAGGCGCUCCCUGCGGGGUUUGUGGAGGCUGUGAUCGUGGCCCGGGACAGCGGCAAUCCUCUCCCACAGAGGACAGCCACAGCCACACUCCGUCUCGAGGUGAACGAUCUCAACGACAACGUGCCCCAGUUUGACAAGGAUUCACAUGACCUCGACAUUUUCCAAAAUUUUACAUCAGGGCAAAGUUUCGGUCUGCCCAAAGCCACGGACAAAGACGUAUCCGACACGAUCGUGUACGAGUUGUCUGACAACGCCAAGCAGUUCUUUACUCUGGAUCCUACUUCCGGCGUGGUCACCACCCGGACUGAUUGUGACGCAAGCUGUAGAAAACUUGAAGACUGUCAUGAAAUGACGUUCACACUGUCAGCAUAUAACCCUGGGACCCCACUACAGAAGGACACACUUACUGUCAGACUCACACUACUCUCACUGGGCACCACACGGACCCCAGCAGCGGGUAUGAAGUCAUGUUCGGACGCAAAUUCCCCGAAUGAUCACGAUCCAAAGUUUACAGAAGACAACUACGACGGCACAGUGAAUGAAGGAGUUCCCCCGAACACUGUCGUUCUCAUUGUCAACACAACGGACGAGGACUGGGGAAACAGUGGUAAGGUGACCUACACUAUCACCAACUCUACCCGAUUCGGCAUCGAUGACGACGGCCAAAUCUACACGACAGGAGACCUGGAUUACGAGAAGCCUGAGGAUCGGCGCACCUGUAUGCAAGUGGUGGCCACAGAUGGAGGAACGCCGGCCCGAUCCGCCUCCACCGUCGUCUGUGUUGAUCUGAUAAAUUCCAAUGACCACCGGCCAAAGUUUGUUAGACCUUUAUUCACAGCUGUCAUAAACGAUGGUGCUCUCCCGGGUACAUUCGUGACCACAAUUUCGGCUACAGACAAGGACGCGGAUUCACAAAUAACCUAUGAUUUUGCCCUGCCCAACGACUAUUUCCAGAUUGACCCAGCCAGUGGUAACGUCACUGUCUCCAAAACCAUCGUUAGAUCGGAGAUUCUCCUUACCGACCCAAAAGCCCUGAUCACUGUCCAAGUGAGGGCGAACGAUGGCAAGUUCCUGGAAAUCACACAACUGAUGGUCACAGUUCUGGAAGUAAACCGUUUCGCUCCGGAGUUCAACCAGACAAUCUAUAACGCAGCUGUCGAUGAGGGCAUAUCCAAUGUUGUUGUUGGUCAAGUAACAGCCAAUGAUAGAGAUGUUCCCAAGCAACAAAUAACCUAUUCCAUCUACAACUCAACCAUUCCCAACAUCUUCACGAUCGACCCGUCCAGCGGCGAGGUCCGCCUAGUCCAGGCUCUGGAUCGGGAGGCGCUUCCUGUGGGGUUUGUGGAGGUUGUGAUCAUGGCCCGGGACAGCGGCAACCCUCCCCCACAGAGAACGGCCACAGCCACACUCCGUCUUCAGGUGAACGAUGUCAACGACAACGUGCCCCAGUUUGACGAGGACUCUCAUGACCUUGACAUUUUUCAGAAUUUUACAUCAGGGCAAAGUUUCGUUCUGCCCAAAGCCACGGACAAAGACGUAUCUGACACGAUCGUGUACGAGUUGUCUGACAACGCCAAGCAGUUCUUUACUCUGGAUCCUACUUCUGGCGUGGUCACCACCCGGACUGAUUGUGACGCAAGCUGUAAGAAGUUAGCCGACUGUAACUACAUGACGUUUACGUUAUGGGCUUACAAUCCUGACGCUCAGGAUAGGAGGGACUCUCUUACCGUCCGACUCACGCUGCUGGCCCUGACAAACACCCGUACCCCUGCCACAGAUAUUAAAUCUUGUUCUGACACGAAUUCGCCGAACAACCACGAUCCAAAGUUUACAAAAGACAACUACGAGGGCACCGUGGAUGAAGGAGUUCCCCCGAACACUGUCGUCAUUACCGUAAACACAACGGACGAGGAUUGGGGAGACAGUGGUAAGGUGACCUACACUAUCACCAACUCUACCCGAUUCGGCAUCGAUGACGACGGCCAAAUCUACACGACAGGAGAUCUGGAUUACGAGAAGCCUGAGGAUCGGCGCACCUGUAUGCAAGUGGUGGCCACAGAUGGAGGAACGCCGGCCCGAUCCGCCUCCACCGUCGUCUGUGUUGAUCUGAUAAAUUCCAAUGACCACCGGCCAAAGUUUGUUAGACCUUUAUUCACAGCUGUCAUAAACGAUGGUGCUCUCCCGGGUACAUUUGUGACCACAAUUUCGGCUACAGACAAGGACGCGGAUUCACAAAUCACCUAUGAUUUUGUCCUGCCCAACGACUAUUUCCAGAUUGACCCAGCCAGUGGUAACGUCACUGUCUCCAAAACCAUCGUUAGAUCGGAGAUUCUCCUUACCGACCCAAAAGCCCUGAUCACUGUCCAAGUGAGGGCGAACGAUGGCAAGUUCCUGGAAAUCACACAACUGAUGGUCACAGUUCUGGAAGUAAACCGUUUCGCUCCGGAGUUCAACCAGACAAUCUAUAACGCAGCUGUCGAUGAGGGCAUAUCCAAUGUUGUUGUUGGUCAAGUAACAGCCAAUGAUAGAGAUGUUCCCAAGCAACAAAUAACCUAUUCCAUCUACAACUCAACCAUUCCCAACAUCUUCACGAUCGACCCGUCCAGCGGCGAGGUCCGCCUAGUCCAGGCUCUGGAUCGGGAGGCGCUUCCUGUGGGGUUUGUGGAGGUUGUGAUCAUGGCCCGGGACAGCGGCAACCCUCCCCCACAGAGAACGGCCACAGCCACACUCCGUCUUCAGGUGAACGAUGUCAACGACAACGUGCCCCAGUUUGACAAGGACUCUCAUGACCUUGACAUUUUUCAGAAUUUUACAUCAGGGCAAAGUUUCGUUCUGCCCAAAGCUACGGACAAAGACGUAUCCGACACGAUCGUGUACGAGUUGUCUGACAACGCCAAGCAGUUCUUCACCCUGGAUCCUACUUCUGGCGUGGUCACAACAAGGACGGAUUGUGACGCCAGCUGUAAGAAGUUAGCCGACUGUAACUACAUGACGUUUACGCUAUGGGCUUACAACCCUGACGCUCAGGAUAGGAGGGACUCUCUUACCGUCCGGCUCACGCUGCUGGCCCUGACAAACACCCGUACCCCUGCCACAGAUAUUAAAUCUUGUUCUGACACGAAUUCGCCGAACAACCACGAUCCAAAGUUUACAGAAGACAACUACGACGGCACAGUGAAUGAAGGGGUUCCCCCAAACACUGUCGUCAUUACCGUAAACACAACAGACGAGGAUUGGGGAGACAGUGGUAAGGUGACCUACACUAUCACCAACUCUACCCGAUUCGGCAUCGAUGACGACGGCCAAAUCUACACGACAGGAGACCUGGAUUACGAGAAGCCUGAGGAUCGGCGCACCUGUAUGCAAGUGGUGGCCACAGAUGGAGGAACGCCGGCCCGAUCCGCCUCCACCGUCGUCUGUGUUGAUCUGAUAAAUUCCAAUGACCACCGGCCAAAGUUUGUUAGACCUUUAUUCACAGCUGUCAUAAACGAUGGUGCUCUCCCGGGUACAUUCGUGACCACAAUUUCGGCUACAGACAAGGACGCGGAUUCACAAAUAACCUAUGAUUUUGUCCUGCCCAACGACUAUUUCCAGAUUGACCCAGCCAGUGGUAACGUCACUGUCUCCAAAACCAUCGUUAGAUCGGAGAUUCUCCUUACCUACCCAAAAGCCCUGAUCACUGUCCAAGUGAGGGCGAACGAUGGCAAGUUCCUGGAAAUCACACAACUGAUGGUCACAGUUCUGGAAGUAAACCGUUUCGCUCCGGAGUUCAACCAGACAAUCUAUAACGCAGCUGUCGAUGAGGGCAUAUCCAAUGUUGUUGUUGGUCAAGUAACAGCCAAUGAUAGAGAUGUUCCCAAGCAACAAAUAACCUAUUCCAUCUACAACUCAACCAUUCCCAACAUCUUCACGGUCGACCCAUCCAGCGGCGAGGUCCGCCUAGUCCAGGCUCUGGAUCGGGAGGCGCUCCCUGUGGGGUUUGUGGAGGUUGUGAUCAUGGCCCGGGACAGCGGCAACCCUCCCCCACAGAGAACGGCCACAGCCACACUCCGUCUCCAGGUGAACGAUGUCAACGACAACGUGCCCCAGUUUGACAAGGACUCUCAUGACCUUGACAUUUUUCAGAAUUUUACAUCAGGGCAAAGUUUCGUUUUGCCCAAAGCCACGGACAAAGACGUAUCCGACACGAUCGUGUAUGAGUUGUCUGACAACGCCAAGCAGUUCUUCACCCUGGAUCCUACUUCUGGCGUGGUCACAACAAGGACGGAUUGUGACGCCAGCUGUAAGAAGUUAGCCGACUGUAACUACAUGACGUUUACAGUAUGGGCUUACAAUCCUGACGCUCAAGAUAGGAGGGACUCUCUUACCGUCCGGCUCACGCUGCUGGCCCUGACAAACACCCGUACCCCUGCCACAGAUAUUAAAUCUUGUUCUGACACGAAUUCGCCGAACAACCACGAUCCAAAGUUUACAAAAGACAACUACGAGGGCACCGUGGAUGAAGGAGUUCCCCCGAACACUGUCGUCAUUACCGUCAACACAACGGACGAGGACUGGGGAAACAGUGGUAAGGUGACCUACACUAUCACCAACUCUACCCGAUUCGGCAUCGAUGACGACGGCCAAAUCUACACGACAGGAGACCUGGAUUACGAGAAGCCUGAGGAUCGGCGCACCUGUAUGCAAGUGGUGGCCACAGAUGGAGGAACGCCGGCCCGAUCCGCCUCCACCGUCGUCUGUGUCGACGUGCGGAAUAAGAACGAGCAUACGCCAACUUUCACUCGUCCCACGUUCAGCACUUUCGUGUAUGAUCGUGAUGCUCCCGGAACUUUUGUGAUACAAAUUUUGGCAACAGAUAGGGAUUCUGGGGCGACAGUAAGGCAUACUCUGGUCCCAGGUACCAGUGAGUAUUUUCAGAUCGACGCUAUCAGCGGGAAUAUAACUGUUAAGAAAACAAUCAAUAGGGAUGCCAUGUUACAAAACACUGGAGCAGACUUUGUAACCUUGACUGUACGAGCUACUGAUGGAGUGCUGGACUCUACGGCCCAACUUCGGGUGACAGUUGUGAAGAAAAAUGAUUUUGCUCCAGAGUUUGGCCAGGAAGUGUUCCCAGUGACUGUGAUAGAGGAAACUGUGGUGGAUCCGCUGAUAACCGUGACGGCCACUGACAGGGACAGCAUAAAUGAGAUCGUAACCUACCGUAUUGUGAACGUUACAAGUCUUGUCUCUAUUGAUUCCUCAACUGGAGUUAUUCGUCUGCACCGCGCGAUAGAUCGGGAGAGUUUGGGCGGUGACGGAAUAGUGGACAUUGUGGUCGAGGCUAAGGACAGUGGCCGUCCCCCCUCCCUACCGCUCAGCAACCGCCACUGUUAGGAUUACUGUCACUGAUGUCAAUGACAACGCUCCCAUUUUCGACCCUUCUAUUUACGACCUACAGCUGUACCAGAAUUUCAGCAGAGGUGACACAUACAACAUUCCCACUGCCAAUGACCCCGACGCAGACAGCACUAUCGUCUACACUCUAGAUCCCGCCGACCCUUGGUUUGAGGUGGACCCAAACACUGGCCAGCUAAGGGUACGCGAAGACUGUGGACAGAGCUGUGUCAAAAUACAAGACUGCUAUUAUGGAGAGGUGACAGUGUGGGCAAACAACCCGGACAAACCGAACGUCCGGGCAAGUCUUCAGAUUAGGGUAACUAUGCUGACCACGGCGACGACAGAUAAGAUCGACAGCCCAACGUUACCAUCUUGCGCUGAUGCCAAGGUUCCCAAUAAAUUCGACCCACGUUUUCCAAGCCUGAGUACUUCACUAACGUGACUGAGAACUCUGAGAGUGGUACAGUGGUCUUCACAGUAUCCGCGUCGGACCCUGAUUGGGGAGAUAGCGGUAAAGUCGAUUACACCAUCACAAACUCAACUCAUUUCGGAAUCGACGGAGACGGACAAAUUUACGUCAUCACUCCCCCUGAUUACGAGAGUUCAUCCGGAACUAGAAUCUGUAUACAGGUGGUCGCACGAGACCGAGGAACUCCCGCGAGAUCAGCAUCGACUGUCGUUUGCAUCGACGUAACAAAUGUUAAUGACAAUGAUCCUGUCUUUGAUGACAGCUACAAAGCAACGGUGUAUGAUAGGGACCCUGUUGGGAAGUUUGUCGUCAAGGUAACGGCGAGGGAUGCCGAUCCCGGCACUCUGAUCACUUAUGACCUGGAGACACCGAACCCUUACUUUAGAAUUGACACCAACACAGGGAACAUCACCGUUGCCAAAACAAUCGACAGAGCAGAUAUAAUAGCUACAAGAGGAGGAAGCAUUGUGUCAUUACGCGUCAGGGCUAGCGAUUCCGAGAAAACCAGUACAACUCAACUGC